GUGCAGUGACAGCAAAAUAAAUUCAAUUCGCAGACUCCUGUCAUCCUCCGGAUCUUUGGAUCAGUUGUUAUUCCCUCCCAGCCUCAUUCAUCGAUGCUAAGGAUGAAGUUCUAAACACUUGCUGUGGUUGAAACUGUUCUUACAUCAUCUCCUGCACAGAGUGACUUCACUCACAUGAAAUCAUGAAGUUAAUGCCACAGUCGAGACUUCAAAGCUCUUUCUGCUGACCUGAGCUGAUUUUUUUUUUUUUUAAUACUAUGGUAGUUGUUGGUUCUUAACUGAGAGAAGAAUUGCCAAAGUAGUGAGUGUUCUCCUUAUUGUGUAAUACAAGAAGAUGGGAGAAUUUUCCAGCAGAGCUGCAGUCUGGAUGGGGGUGGCAGUGCCAUAGUAUGAAUUCUCCACUUAAUCUCAAAUUAGUUUUGAUUUUUGUCUUGUUGUAUAAAAUGGGGAUGAAUAGCCUUGAUCUGUAUUAUCUACUCGAACUAGAUAACCUUUAAAAGGUCCCUUCCAACUCAAACUAUUCUAUGAUUCUAUGAAUUUGGUAGUUGUGCUGGAAAAGGGAUUCUCACAAGACAAAAAGUGAUUACAGAGCUGGCUAAUGGGGGUGAGAGAUCAUGCUGCAAGGACAACUGUCAGGCAAAAAGAUAGUUUGUAGUGGAGGUUCUUAUGGACAAUACUAAUUUUAAUUUCUGUUAGCGCCAUUUGGAAAAGACAGAAGCAUGCUAGUAACAUUUGCUAAUUACUAAGGGAUGUCAUCAAAGCAAGAUAGGAAGAAGGGGAUGGGGUAAUAGGAAUUGAAUAAAAUGAAGUGGUACACAGUGCAGGGUCACAUACUUACAAAACCUUUUACUACAGUGGGAACUUCCAUUCCAUUUGCCUUUACAAUCAGGGAGGACAAAGAAAGAGAGGAACCCCAUCUUAAUAGUCAGUGAUUAUGAGCAACCAGUUUGAUAUGAACUUGAUAACGUGACCCCAGGAUAUACCAAAAAAAAUUGAGCCUUCUUUAAUGACAAGAAAUUUUGAGCUUGGUUUGUAUGACUCCGCAAAAGAAGUGUUGAGAGGAGAUGACAGUGGGCCCUAUAAAUAUAUCAAACAUCGGAGAGGAAGAGUUAUUUUAAGGUGAAAAAUAAUAUGGCAGGAGAAUGAGUAGGUAUAGUUUGGCAAUAAAUAACUUUAGCCUAUAAAUUAGAAGGUCUGUAGUCUUCAGAGAGAGGCUUUGGACCAGUCUUUCAGAAUAAGGAGGAAGACACUGACAGGUAUCUAAAUGACUCUGAUGUGGUUACCUGCAAUAGCAGAAAACUAUUUCCUCUGACCAGAAAGUCCUUUCUGCUUCUGUGUUUCUGGGCUGUAGUACAGUGGGAUUCCUAAAUGUUAAUAAUGCAAGUAGCAACAGCGAUUAGCUAUUAAUGCAAGUAGCAACAGCGAUUAGCUACUAAUUAAUAAUAUUAAUUAGAGACUGGGUUGACUGGAUGUUGCCAGUGACUGGAUAAAACCAGAAGGACGGACAAAUCUCUUCUUUGUAAGAUAAGACACCCAAAGGAAAGAGUGCUCAUCCAGGCUCGGUUUCAGAGAAGGCUUUACCCAAUUCCUGUUCAUUUGGGUAGCACCGAUAUAAUUAAUUCAGACUAACCCAUUUUAUGGAGUUCCUAUGAUGGUGAGACCAGAAUUGAGUCCAACAUCUCCAAAUAGGUUCAGAGUGUGCUAAUUGUCAAUAUCAAGAUUUUAAAAUUUUAAACAUUUCUUGGCAAAACCGAAACAUAACUUUUCUUUCCUAUAAAGCUUCAUAAAUGUGCAGUGUGAUUCCUGGAUAGAGAUCACAUCGGCUCCACAGUAAUUAAUUUACAGGUUUCUCACUGACCUUAGCUCAGCUCUGGGAAUCAUGCCAGCACAAUUACAGUAACUCUGAACAGGACAGACAUAAAGCUUCUGUAUCUACCCUGAAAUUGUGCCACGUUUUUCUCUUGCUCAGUGAUGGAAAGAUGCAUUUCUUCUUUGAUUGGUUUCAAGUAGUUCAGGCAGCAUUGGCUAUAACAAGAUUAUCUCCAGCAAAGCAGGGAAAAGAAGAAAACCACCAUGCAGACGUGUGCAUACACAAUACAUGUACUCUGUAGAUAAUCUUUGGGAAGUGUAUCCCAAGAAGCAGUGUGUUGAGAAAGCGUGUCAAGGUGACUUGAGCUAGUUACCUAGAAAAUAAAUGUCAUAGCUGGGAAUAAAAUUCAAGGGGCAGAUGCGUGAUUCAGUAUUGUUUUCAAUGAAUCACACUACCUUCCUGGAGCACGUCAAGGCCCAUUGCCUUCCUUCCUGUGAAGAUGGGCAGCUGGAUUGCAAUGACACCAGGUGGAGCUGAGUGCAUUCAUCACCUUGGAAAAUCAGGCCCCUCGUGGUUUUCUCUGAUGUUAAUUGACCGUCGGACCCUGCAAGAGGGGAGUCAACACAUUUCCUGGCCUAUGGUCUAAGUGUUUUCCAAAUGCUAGAGUAAAUUUAAUGUUGUUGCAGAGGAAAUGCCGACGCAAUCCACCAGCAGCUGCUACUCUCCAACAUCCUCACAAAGGACAUGGAGCAGUUAAAUAACAAAUUGCACUAUGAGCACCUGUAAUUCAAGAUAAAUGGAGAUGAACGGCUGGGACAGCUAAAUUAAGAUGUCUGUAGAAGGGGGAUGGGAAAUGAUGCAGAACACCAGUGGCACUGGAAGAAAAGGAAAAUAAGGACAACACCAGAAGAUCUUGCUGUCACAGAAGAUUCUUUAGUUUCCUUGGACAACUGAUGACUAUUGCAACUCUUACUGACUCAAUCAUACUGACGUGCUCUAAAGAAAGCAGAGGAGAAAAAUCUGAGAAAUUCUAGAAGUCUUUGGAAAAAGAAACAGCGUGUUGAGAUGGACCUGAAGUGGAAUCCUGACAGAGUUUCUCAUCCGGGCUCAUCUGGAGUCCAGAUGACUGAUUUGAAUUGGCGAGGCAACCAAAAUCCCAGUCCGCUGAUUAAAGAUGAUGGAGAGCUGCUUAUGGAGGAACAUCUUUCCCCCAGGAAACUGAAAGCUUUGGCAGGGGUAGAUGAUCUGCAGCAAGUGAAGGCCCUAGAGAUGCGAGUAGAUACAAGAGAGACCAGCUUGGGAAACUUUGGUGUGCAUCUACCUAAUCUGAGAGAACUGAAGUUGAACAAUAGCUUACUUGUGUCUGUGAGGGAUCUUGGAACUUCAUUGUCUCACCUCUAUGUCCUGUGGAUGGCUUGCUGUGGGCUCUCAGAUUUAGAUGGGAUCUCUUCCUGCAGCUCUCUAAAAGAACUCUACAUAGCCUAUAACAAUAUCUCUGAGCUGAGCCAGCUGACCUGGCUAGAUCACCUCGAGGUUUUGGACCUGGAAGGGAACAAUAUUGAGGACAUCGACCAGAUGCAGUACUUGAGACUUUGUUGCAAGCUAAGCCACCUGACACUGGAGGGCAACCUUAUUUGCCUGAAGCCAAAUGCAGAAUCUGCAGAGGAACCAGGUUAUAAUUACAGAGCAGAAGUAAAAAAACUUAUUCCCCACUUGAAGUAUUUGGACAAAAUACCAGCAAGCCAGACUGUUCCCCUUCCUUCCAAGAAGAUGUAUGAAGAUCGUCUAAUCAUCAAGGACUCCAUCAAGGAAGGUGGUUUAGCUGGAGGCAUUUCGUGGUUAGAUCCAUAUCUUGAGGCAGUAGCAAGGCAGUCUGGAUGUGGCCCGAGACCCCCAACAGCUUCCAGACCUGGAAAUGCACAGUGGUCUGCUAAUGUAGGGAGGUUUAGCGAUGCCCACCUCUUAUAUGGUAGCCGUCCUCUUCCAGAUCCUGCUGUUUCUGAUAUGCUGUUCUCAGAAGAUGACUCCAGUGAUUUGACACAUGGACUGAAUCAAGUUAUAUGUGGGAACCCCACCAAGGCCCUUCGUGAAAGGAGGCAAAAACUAGGUCAACCUGCAGUGAGCCCUUUGAAACUGAGCAGUCUGAGGACAGAAAACGUUUAUGACUCUGGAGGAGGAAAAGAUGUGCACCAGGAAAAUGUGUCCUCUGAACUGAGAGUAUGGAGAGAGCAGCAGAAGAGGUGCCUGCAAACAGGUCAGCAAGAACAAGCCAGCCAAGCAUCAAAGGUAAUUCUUAAUCAUGAGGAAGAGGGUGAAAACUGCAGCCUGACUGACAGCUCUGAAGAUGAGUUGAGGAAGGCCUAUGAUGAGGACCUCGUUGAAAGGAUUUCACUUGAUUCUUCUUGCCACUCCAGUCUCUCCAAGUCUUCCUCAGGUUCAUCACAGACUCAGGAGGGUGCAGUGUUCUCCAACCCAAGCCCUUGUUUAAUUCCAUCCCCUCCAAAAAGCCCUUCGCCUGCAUCUUUAAUGAGUGUUGCAGCAAGAUCCUGGAAAACAAGAAACCACAGGGUAAGAUGCCUAAAAAUACCCAGCCAAGAGGAGGACAGGCAGUGUACACAGCGAUGCCAGUCAAGGGCUCAUAAAGAAAAUUCAGCCCAGCCUUUGGACGAAGAACUUGCUUUCCUGAGCCUGCACAAGAUGCUGUCUGCCUCUGGAUCCCAAGGGCAGCACCAACCUGCUGGCUGCACCAGCCAGCAAAGGCCUAUUCCAGGACCAACAGCUGUUGGAUCAACAAGGAUCAGGCCCAUCAUGGAUGAGAGCCCUUCUGGAGAGAUCAACCACCAGCAUCCAGCUGUCUGCUCAUCCACGAAAGCCUCAGAGAGGUUUAGGCCAACACAUGCUUCUUGGCCCCUGACUGCCAGGGCUGUGCUGGAGCCACUGCCAGACAGUACCACUGCCACAACAACAUCUCAGAACAGAAGUCCUCAGUCCUAGAAAAUACUCAGUUUUCAGCAUGUGUUGAAGCCAUAUACACAGAACAGUCAUGAAGGAUCAAUGCUAUCUUUCAGCUUCUUCUGCCAGCUAAACACAGAGCUGUGCAAGUAGAGCAAUUCAAACAAAUGACAUGAUUUGCCUCAAUUCAGGAUACAGAUGGUCCAGAAAUACUUUAAAGAGCAACCGCUGAUCAACCAAGGAGCUAAUGAACCUCUUAUUACAGAAAAACAUGGUUAUUUUUGCAACUUCUGUGCACUAAAACAGAACAAAUUCCAUCGUA